AUGGCCACAGCAGCAGUUAUCGCUCCUCACGACGUCCAAACCACGCUCAACUACUUGGGCAAGGAGACCCUUGACGGAGAGCCACCUUUCAACAUCGUCUACAAGGUACCCCCUGAAGUACCCCGCACGAACAUUACUACCGAUCCCCGCGAAGUUGUCAUCCAUGAUGUCCGUGGCCAGGAGGACACGGUCUCCCUCGACAAGACGGGGUUCCAGUUCGUCAAGCAUGUCAGUCAAGAGAAGGAUUUCUUAGACGAUAAAGCGAUCGAGACGCACUACUACAAGGAGGUGGAAGAGCUUCUGAAGAGGGAGACAGGGGCGAAGAGGGUAUUCAUCUUCGACCAUACGAUCAGGCGCAACUACGACACCACUCCUGGGGCUGAUCCUGACAUCCGUGGCCCAGUGCAACGAGUGCAUAUCGACCAGACGUUUGCAGCUAGUGUGAACCGUGUGCGCUACCACCUCCCCGACGAGGCUGACCGCCUGCUCAAGUCGCGGGUUCGCCUCAUCAAUGUUUGGCGUCCUAUCGGGCACCCUGUCGCCCACAAUCCGCUUGCAGUCGCUGAUUACUUCUCGCUCAACGUCGACCACGACUUGGUCUCGACGCGCCACAUCUACCCCGACCGUGAGGGAGCGACCUUCGCUGUGAAGUAUAACCCGGGUCAUCGCUGGUACUAUUUGUCAGACCAGACCCCGGAGGAGGUGACGCUUAUCAAGUGCUUUGAUUCGAGCGAGGAUAGAGCCAGGUUAACCCCGCAUUCUGCCUUCGUGGACACAACUAGCCCCGCAACGGCACCUAAGAGGCAGUCGAUUGAAGUUAGGGCAUUGGUCUUUGAUGCAGAGUAG